UAUAUCCCAGAUCCCCGUUUCAGCUUCAGGACACAACUGCAGCUCUCCAUUCACUGUGUGUAUGAGUGAGGCUGUUUAUGUCUGUUUUGAUGCUGUCUUUAUUACCUCCUGAGCCUCAUAUUGAUGACGGGCACCAUGAUGCACAGUGUGGACACCAGUGAGACUGAGAUAGACCUGAGGGACGCAGGAGAUGGAGAGGACGACGAGGGACAGCAGACAUGGAAGACACAGCUGGAAACUGUCCUGGAGGAAGAGGAAGAAGAAGAUGUGAUCUCCACACAGAGCGACACCAAGCCUCUGAUCAAUGAACGUGACCCAAGAGAGAUAAAUGAGUGUCUCAAGGUCAAUUUUGAGGAUGUGAUAGCAGAGCCGGUGUCUGUGCGCAGUGGCGAUCGGGUCUGGAUCUGGAGUCAUGCUCUUUUCGAGGUGUCCAGGGUCUGGUUUUACCGUAUCAUCACAGCUGUGCUGGCUGUUCCAGUGUCCCUCAUCGCUGGGAUUGUGUUCGCCGUCCUCAGCUUUAUUCACAUCUGGUUCUUUACGCCAUGUGUGCAGGUUGUCUUGAUAAACACUGGCUGGUUGCAAACUUUAUGGAGCAGCGUUUUAGACAUAAUCAUCCUACCCUUCUUCCAAAGCGUAGCCAAGUGCUGCAGCGGGAUUAGUGUGGUACUCACGAGGGAAUGAGAAGCAUUCACUGGAAUCUGUUGAAUCAAUUCAAAUGGGAAUUCACAUUGGACUUUUGGGCAGAUGUCUGGCCAUCUGACUCCUGCUGUAUGUCAAGGGGGACCAUGCAUGCCCAAAUGCUAAGCCUAAUGAAUGUCAACUCGCUGCCAAAGACUCAGAUAAUGCGGAUAUUUGGAAAUUUGUGAUGAUUUAAGUAUGAAUGUAUUUUAAAAGAUAGAGUUCACCCCCAAAAUAAUUAAUCUGUCAUCAUUUAUUUACCUUCAUGUCAUUCAAAACCCAUAUUAUUUUCAUUAUCAUCAUUUAUGGUCAUACAGGGUUGGGAACAACAUGAGGGUGAGUAAAUAUUCAUGUACAGUCGAAGUCAAAAUUAUUAGCUCUUCUGUGAUUUUUUUUUCUCUCUCUUUUUUAAAUAUUUACCAAAUGUUGUUUAACAGAGCAAGGAAUUUUUCAAAGUAUUUCCGAUAAAAUAUAUAUAUAUUCUCCUUCUGGAGAAAGUCUUAUUUGUUUUAUUUCCGCUAGAAUAAAAGCAGUUUUCUUUUUGUAAUUAACAUUUAAUUGUCCUUAGAUUAACAAAAUAACAGACAUUCAAACAAACAGGGAAGGGGACGCAACAGAUAUAUCAACAAAUUUUCAAUCUGAAAGAAGAGAGAGAAAAAACUUCAUAUGGUCUUUCCUUUAUAUAGUUUAAAAUGUUGGAAGAAAAAAAUUGCCAUGCAUCAAUGUUUCUAGCUUUAGCCUUAUUAAUUUGUGCUAUUGUACCUUCACAAGUCACUAUUUUAAGGAGGCUAUGAAUCCAAAAUAUUUUUGCACACAUGUGCGGAGUAAACCAGUUUUGUAUGAUUGCCUUCUUUGCAGCUGUAAAACCAGCAAACAACAUUUUCUCCUUUAGUGUACUUAUACAGAAAUUAGAAUCGUCAUUGAGAAGACAUAAACUAGGAUGAGACACAUAAUCAACUUGUAGUAAAAAGGAUGAAACUUAAAAAGGACAGAAUUUACACAAGACCACAUCAAUAACAAUUGGACAUUCCCAUAUGAAGAAAAGUACCUGAAGAUACAGUGUUACAGAUGUCACAGUUAUAGUUCAACUUCAGUUUCAUCUUUAACCUCUUAUAAGGAGUUAUGCAUGCUCUGUGUAUGACUUUUAAAUGGAUAAGACAAUGAGCUAUGUUUUUAGAAGUUAAGAUUAGAUCAGACCACACCCUAUCCCAGUCAAUCGAUAAGUCCAAAUCUGCUAGUUCACAAUUCCAGAUGAGUUUAAUAGAAAGAGGCUUUGCAGUGUGAUCAUUUGGUUUACAAUAUGUUAAAGAAACAGAUGGCCGACCAGAGGGUAGUGCAAUCCAAUCCCAUAUAGGAUAAGAGGAAAUAGGGGAUGCCCAAGGAGAGCCAUAUAAGCAGUUUUCACAUUUUUAAAAAAACAUUUUAAGGUCAAUAUUAUUAGCCGCGUUAAGCAAUACUUUGUUUUUGAUUGUCUAUAGAACAAACCACUGUUAUACAAUGAUUUGCCUAAUUAACCUAAUUAAGCCUUUAAAUUGCACUUUAAGCUGAAUUCUAGCAUCUUGAAAAAUAUCUCAAAUAUUAUGUACUGUCAUCAUGGCGAAGAUAAAAGAUAUGAGUUAUUAGAAAUUAGUUAUUAAAACUAUUGUGUUUAGAAAUGUGUUGAAAAAAAAAAUCUUCUUUCCGUUAAACC